GUUGAGCGCGAGCCGGGGGCGCGCGUGCGCACUGUGGUCGGUGCGGCGGGUAGGCGGCAGGAUGGCGGUGUCGCUGCCGAAGGUGCAGCACCUGUCGGCCCGGGUGGUGCGGGUGUUGGGCUGUAACCCGGGCCCGAUGACUCUUCAGGGAACCAACACCUACUUGGUGGGCACCGGGUCCCGACGAUUCCUGAUUGACACAGGCGAGCCAAGCGUGCCUGAAUACAUCAACAGUUUAAAAGAAACUUUGACCCGACUGAAUGCCAGUAUUCAAGAAAUUCUGGUGACACACUGGCAUAUAGAUCACGUUGGAGGCAUACCAGAUAUACUGAAGAAUGUUGUUGACGAAGGUAGUCAUCUUCAAAUUAGAAAACUUUCACACAGUCCGCCUCAAAAAGAGACAAUCAAAACCUGUGACAAACAGUACACAUAUCUAAAAGAUGGAGAUGUAUUGGAAACCGAGGGAGCUACACUGAGGGUUAUUUACACACCAGGACAUACCUCUGAUCACAUGGCAUUAUUACUGCAAGAGGAAAAUGCCAUAUUUUCUGGAGACUGUAUUCUGGGAGAGGGUACAGCAGUGUUUGAAGACUUGUACACUUAUAUGUUGUCUUUGGAAAAGCUCUUGAAUAUAAAUGCUGACAUAAUAUAUCCAGGACAUGGCCCAGUUGUGCAAGGUGCAUCUGAGAAAAUUAAAGAGUACAUAGCUCACAGAAACUUGAGGGAACAACAGAUUUUAAAGGUUUUUCAGGAGCAUUCAGAACAACAUUUCAGCCCAACGGAACUUGUUAAAAGUGUUUAUAAGGUGGAAACCUGA